AUGGCCCGAGCUAAAAGUUUUUUCGAUGACGUGAAAAAGGAAAUAGAAUGCUCAGUGUGUCAGGAGCAAUUCGGCGCAAACAAGCAACCGAAAAUUCUCAAAUGCCUUCAUACCUUUUGCAAAUCAUGCUUGGACGGAUGGCUUCGACAACAUCGCACAGGCGCUUUAAGUUGUCCUACUUGCCGUACAGUAACUGAGUGCCCCAACAAUGACAUCGACAGUCUUCCGUCCAACCUGUUUUACAAACAAAUGGUGGAAAUUGUGGAGGCAUACACAGGCCAAGAAGAAUCAUCAUGUUGCGGGAAUUGCGACGAACAAAAACCGCUGAGGUUUUACUGCUCCGAUUGCAACUGUUUACUGUGCGAAGAAUGCGCUAGAGUACACAAGAAAUGGAAGGAUUUCAGAGGCCACCAGCUCAAGGAAAUUGGACAACUUCAGUCCAGUGAUUUAGAGGACUACUUUCGAAGAGCUAACGUCUGCAAGGAACACGAUGACGAAUUUAGAUUUUUCUGCGACGCAUGUCAAAUUUGCAUUUGUCGUGAAUGCGCCAUAUUGGGUCACGACUGCCACAAGAAAAUUUCGCUUGAGAAAGGACUAGAAAAUAAGACAACUGAAAUUGAGAAUAAGAUACGAGAGGUUCAGGCAAACGGAUCUCACGUUAGGAACAAAAAGGAAUCUCUAGAAAAAGGUAGAAUCAGGGUAAUGAACAGCUUUGAGCGAGCAACAAACAGUGUACGUACGGUUGCAGAACAGUGGAUUACAUUUAUUCGCAAGCAUGAAGAAGACAUAACAGGAAAGUUAAUAAAGCAGAAAGACGCAUUUGAAGCUGAAUUUUCAAACCAGAUGUCGAGCUUAGAUGGAAGAGUGGUGGAAAUCGAAAGCAGCCUCGAUUUUGGCGCGGAAAUUCUCUCUCGUAGGAAUCUACCAGAAAUUUUAAAUGUGGAAGAAAUGUUAAAGAACAGGCUGCAAGAACUUUCCGUACCCUUUGAGCCAACACUGGUCUUUCCUGAAGUUGUGUACAGUUCAAAUAAUUUCAGUUGCUUGAAAGACGGACCUGGAAAGCUGAUAAGGACAGUAACAGAACCAAUGGUAUCUGUUGCAGAAGGUCGUUGUUUGAAUGAGGCCAUUCAAGGAGAGGAGAGCACUUUUACUGUGAUUACAAAAGAUAUAAAGGGCCAAAUAGUUUAUAGCGAAAUCGAUCAGGUCAAUGUUGAAAUAAUCUCCAUUAGCACGAUGGGAAUUUUGACAGCCAGCGUGACUGACUCUAAAAAUGGUCGAUAUCAAAUAAAGUACAGAAGUGAAACUGCAGAUGACUUCAAAAUAUCUGUCACAGUCCGAGGUGAAGCCAUCAAGGACAGUCCAUUUAGAUUACAAGUGAAAAAGAGAGAGACACAGACAUUUCACCAGGUAUCAUUUUCAUGUUCUGAAAAUAUCCAUUUUAUUCAAAGGGAAAGAACGGUAUUCAUAUUAUUACUGACUAUAUGAGUCUGAAAUAUUUGAUCAAAGGUUAUUUCUUACAGCAUAACCAUAAUUAUAUAUAAACAUAAUUUUAAUUUGGCUACCGAGGUUAAAUAAAUUAAGUAUUGUCAGAGUUAUUUUUUUCUCUGAAUUACUUAAGUUCCCCUAGAUCUCUUCUCGGAAUUUACUGUACCUACUUUUUAAUUAAUAUUAUGGUAAAAGUUAAAGAAUAAAAUCAGAAAAUUUGUACUUACUGUUUGCUCAUUCAUCGUCAUUACAGUCACCGGAAAGUUGAAACAACGUGAGAAACCAGCUACACCUGUAAAGUCAAAACAAUUAUGAAUGAUUGUUUCAGCAGCAAAAGAUCACCCAACACUUGAACGAAGAUUCAUUUGCAAUACCACUGUGUCUUUGACAGUGUUUAACCAAAAAUUUUUCUAUUUUUUUCAGUUCCACAAGUAUAAGUUCACUUCUAUGAAAACGGGAAUGAAAGCUGAGUCAAAGAAAUCUAAAAUGACUGGUAAAAGGUAUACUAUUGACGUGGUUAAUCCGCUCGCUUCUCGAGGUAAAAUUUAAAAUUAUAGUUAUUACAUAUAUUCUGCUUUUUUCUGGGAAAUUUCGAUGACAUACACCGAGCGUGAAAGCCAAGUAACAGGACCAAGAUUCCUCAUUAUUCCCAAUAUCAAAUAGUUUCUUAUGUUUUUACUUACCUUAAACAUAAUUUUAAUUUGACAAUAUUGUGAAGCGCACCUGAAUAUAUCCAUAUAGAGGUCUGCGCUAUAUAAAUAUAAAAUAUUAUUAUUAUUAACCAACAACACCUCAAAGUCAUCAGUGAAGAGGCCUCCACUUAAUCAUAUCGAAAACGAAAUUCUCUCAAUGGCGUAAGGUUAUAAUUUAGGGUUAAAGGGUGUGAUCAAUCAAGAAUUCUUAACCAUCAGGAGGCAUAGCACACCUCGAUCUGAUUGAUCGGACGGCGCAGGAAGCAGGGGCCUGGUGCAGAGAUGGAACAGAUGAGGAUGACGAGAACUUUAAAAGUGAUGUUCAGUUAGAACACAUGUUAGGUAAAUACAACAUUUAUUUGUCAUACUUCGACAAAUGUGGAACUGUUUACAUUUGAAGUGUUCGCGGUUAUUUGAAUUUGUAAUCUUGAUUCGAUGAUGUUCGUUGCGGGCACUCUUACCCAAGAACAGGACAUUAUUAAACCAAACUGUGUACAAAAGACCAUAUGGUGCUUCAUCACAAGGUUGCCUCUCGUUAAGCAGGUUCUGAACCUGCGUGUACUCCAGUUUCGGUGGUUUGUUGGUAUUUUGUCCUUACAGUUGAAACUUCGUGACACUUCCAUGUACGAAAGAGAGUCAGGCUCGUAUUCGCUUACGUUUUGAUACCGAACUACGUCCGCUAGUAUUGCUUACACAUUUCUCCCAUCUAUAAAGCACCUUCAGGUUACUUUGGAUCUUUUUUAGUUGCGUUUUUUUUCGGUUUCAGACAAUUUUUGAUGACUUCGACUUUCAGGGCCUGUUUACAUUGAGGUGGGGGACCUUAGGUACGUCCAUAUAAUCUCUUAUUUUACCUUGAUCACGUUUACAUGAUAGGUGGGGUGACCCGCCUAGGCGGGUUUCCCAGUCUGCUGGAAAGGGUAACCCUGUCAGCCGAGGUGACAAUUUGUAAUGUAAACGUCUCAAGGUGGGGUAAAAUGAGUAAAACAAUAGCGAAACACGAGUGUGUUAAAACUUUGUACAUUUCCUAGUCGUCCUAUGCAGAGCUAAAACGUUAAAACACCAAUUUUUACAUCCUUGUUGCAAAGAAACCUCGACAGCGAUUUAGUCUCGUUUUUUCUUUGAACUCAACUCUACAUUCACAUGUUAUGCCGAAGUAAAGACGUUGUACCUUCAGAAACCGUUGACGCAUCGAGCUACUGGCGAAAAUCUUAGAAGAAAAUAAAUUAUGUUAUUUCGGUAACGUUUUACCAUACGUCGCCAUAGCGACAUCUUAAAUUCCUUUGUUAAAAUUACAAGUGCCAUAACAAUGUCGAGAAACUUCCCUCCAGCAUCCCGGAUUUGUAAGAUUGUAUCAGAAAUGCGGGCUAUUUUUCGACCACGGUUAGGCGGAUUACCUCACCUACCCGGGGUCUCCCACAUUCAUGUAAACAGGCCCUUAGACACUGUUUGGUUCUUUCUGAUUGCUCUGUAAUUUUGCGAAUAAAGUUUUCCUGCUUUGGAAGUUUCGUUCUGUUCACUUCAUAAAUAUGUUUCAGUUAAAAGUUCCUCCCUUAGAAAGUCACGCCAAAAGACGUAAACAGGGCAAGGUUCGGAUCGUUUAGUCCGGCCAUAUUUUUCCUUCGCUUCGCAUUUUGCCUUGUUUCUUAGAGUAAUAUACCGUCACAUAUUUUGCACGUUCUGUCGACCUAGCAUCACGUUUCAAUGGUGUAAUAGUGGUAUAAUGAUAUGUUCAUAUCAUUGUGUAUCUUAAAAAUUGUAGUAGUUUUUCUCACAUGAUCUUUACUCUGAGAAGAAAGACGAACUUGGCACCUCUACAAGUACGUUUCCCUGAGAUAUUGGUCAUGAAGUUGGGCAAAUUUUACAUGAUAACCAUUGCCUUUAACCUUGCGAGGUUGUUUAGGUACGGUACAAGAUAAUAACUUUGAAACAUGUUUAAAAUCCUUCAUCAGUUUUACAGAAUAUAUCAAGGAUAGAAGCACUGAGGCGUAAGUUCUACAUUACGUAAACGUCGAGUGGUUUGAAAUAUUCUUGCUACUUAAAAUCAGCUCUUAUGUUUCGUAGGUUCAGUUGAGCUUUCUGUUGUUAAGGGUGACAUCACGGAUCAAAACGCCGAUAUGAUGGUGAAUGAAGCCGAUUGCAAACUCAGUCAUGAUGCUGGAGUAGCAGGCACAAUCAUCGAUAAAGGGGGCUUUGGUAUACAGAAAGAAUUCAUCGAGUUCUUUCAAAUCCAAAAAGAUCGGUCUCUGGCUGCUAGCACAACGGCCCCCAAACCUCCAAGUUCAAAAAGGGAGAAGAAUAAAGGAAAAAAUGAGACAGAUGAUGUGAAUGACCCUUUGAUAUCGGAUAGCGAUUCCUCCUCCAAGUCUUUUUGCGAUGCAGUGACAAGUAACAGACGCGAGGACGUGCUAAACGGAAAGGGUCUUCGGGUAGGACCAUCUGAAGGUAAGACUACGUUUCGUGAGGUGAAAUAUUUUAUCGCAACAAAACCAAUGUUAGGCCUUUGUUUGCAAUUUAUUGGUUGUAUAAGGUUAGUAGAAAGUCGGUUUCAGUGUUACAGCCGUACAACAGAUUGAUUUAUGCUAAUAUUGCCCAAGAUAUUGCUGUUCGAUCUGGAAAUGCCUAAAAGAGGAAUUAAACUUUUUCACUCUCCGAGAUAAGAGAAGCUUUUCGAGUUCACGGACUGCUGUCCAAAUGAGCCUUCUCAAUAUUCGAAUUGCAUGAAAGCUCUUCUAUCUGUUGGGAUUUUAAACCUUGUAAUGGUUUAUUUGAAUUAUUUAUGUUAUUGGUCCUCAUCUACCAGCCUUUGUAUUGUGAAGCAGGGUAAUUAAGUAUUAUCAACUGAGUUGAUAAUUAAAGUAAAUAUGCCACCAUAAAGAGUUUAAAAGCUGACGUUUCGAGCCGUUAGCCCUGCGUCAGAGCAAUAGACGAAGGGCUAACGCUCGAUAGUCAGCUUAAUUCUAAAUUACCCUGUUAUACUCUCCCAUCGACGCAGCGCCACAGUUUCUUUAGAAACUUACCCCCUUUAUUCAUUUGUACUGUGAACACAGCCAUGCUGUAUCUGCAACAACGUUUAAUUUUUCUACAUUAACUAGAUUCUGCUUCUAGAGGUGCAAGUAAAGAUGACGAAUGUGUGAUUUGUUGGGAUGCGAUAGAAAAUCCUAAAAAAUUGGGGUGUAGGCAUGUCUUCCGUACUGACUCUGUGGAGACUACGGUGACUUAUGACAACCGAAGUCCACUGUGUAAAGAACCGCAAGGUGUUGUCAAAGGAAAUCAACCUGACGGGAAAAUGCACGUGAACCAUAGUCAGCAGAGUCUUCCAGGCUAUCACGGUAAUUAUAAAAUAAUCACACGAGGAUGGGAUCCCCUUAGAGAUUGUAGGACGAAUUUGGGUCCCCUCCAUCUGAGCGCCUGUUUACAUGGAGGUUGGGGACCCCAGGUGGGUGAGGUAACCCGCCUCAGCCGUGGUCGAAAAAUAAAACGCGUUUAUAUGCAUGCACGCGUUUACAACCUCGGGGUGCUGGGGUGAGGUUUCUUGAGGUUGUUGUUGUGCUUGCAAUUAAGGAGUUUGAGCAGAGGCGUCCCAAGCUCACAUCUCGAAAAAGACGAAAGAUUAAUUCUCGGACACAUAUGUAUUUAUUCAUGAAAGCGUCACGCGUUGUGUUACGCGGUGUUUGGUUUCGCGAGAAACUGUUGACUUAAUACGUUAUACAGAAUAGUUUGGGAAACCAAAUAUGGUCGAUUUAUAACGCUAAAUAUUCCGAAAUGUGAACAUUGUACACUCCUUGUGUGUCCGUUGCGGUUUCUGGUGACUUCUGCCAUGAGACGGUUAGGAAAUGUACAAAGUUUUAAAACAUACAUGUUUCGCUUUUGAGUUUUUUUGCCAUGAACCGCCACCCCGGCUAGGCGGGUUACCCCACCUUGACAUGUUUAUAUGGCAAAUUGUCACCCCAGCUGACAGGGUUACCCUACCUGGCAGACCGGGCUACCCGCUUAGGCGGGUCACCCCACCUAUCAUGUAAACGUAAUCAAAAUAAAAUAAGAAAUUAUAUGGACAGGCGGGUUACCCCACUUAGGCGGGUUACCCCACUUAGGCGGGUUACCCCACUUAGGCGGGUUACCCCACUUAGGCGGGUUACCCCACUUAGGCGGGUUACCCCAUCUAGGCGGGUCACCCCACCUAGGCGGGUUACCCCACCUAGGCGGGUUACCCCACCUAGGUGGGUUACCUCACCUACCUGGGGUCCCCCACCUCGAGGCCUCCAUGUAAACAGGCCCUAAAUUUUUGCUUUCCCGUAGAUGUUUUGUUUGGGUUACGUUCAUUCCUGAAAAUGGUUACUUUCGUCUGAGAAAAUUAUAUUAUAUUAGUUUUGGUAUAUGACUGAGUUUGGUGUAACACACCGAUAAAUCCGGUGAGGUUCCGUGAUGAAGUGGUUUUUAACCAGGUUUUCCUCCUCGACACCCGUCCCAUUAAAAUGCCCCAUCGACCCGUGACGAUGUAAAAAGUUUUAUUACGCAAGUAGUGCUAGCGCUUAAAAUAAAGGGAAAGAUUUUUAAGAGCUGGUAUGAGUGAAGAGAUGUGGAUCAUUCUAUAUGGUUUGGUAAAAGACUUUGAGAAAAAGGACAAACGAUAAACUAAAAAAAAAAAACGUUCGGAGGUCAUGGAAUAAUCGUUGAUAGUGCAAAAUGUUCUAGAUCUCAAGUUAACGGAUACAAAGAUCUUACUUUGGAUUCAAUAUCUCCUCAGUUGCCGUCAAAACGAGACGGAUUUAGGACGGAUCAUUUUACUAGCAUGUAAAAGGCAAAAUGAAUUCGGCACUCAUCUUGGAUGGUGCAAUUCUCUUUGCAGGUUGUGGAACAAUUAUAAUUGUCUACAGCUUUCCUUCUGGGAUUCAAGGCCGGGAGCAUCCACAUCCUGGCGAAACAUACAGUAGUACCAGUCGUACCGCAUAUCUUCCCGAUAACAGAGAAGGGAAAGAAGUAUUGGCUCUUCUGAGGAGAGCCUUUGAUGCUCGAUUGGUGUUCACGGUGGGCGGUACGUCAAUAACUUCUGGGUUGCGGAACCAGAUCACCUGGAAUGGUAUUCACCACAAGACUAAUAUAUCUGGAGGGCCUCACGAGUGAGUGAUUCGUUAAUAUUUUUCUACUUAAUUAAAAGAGAAUACAUUGGACUCUUUACUAUUAAAUGUAAAGAGAUGUUAAUUAACUUUAUGUUGUGUCCUAACUUAAAGGUCUAUACAAGAUCUGUUAGAUCUGCUCUAGAGUACGCCGUGCUUGCGUGGCAAUCCGUUCCAGGUUGUCUGUCUGACAAAAUUGAGUCCACACAGAAAAGUGCACUUAUGAUAAUUUUCCCGUGUGCUGAUAGCUACUUAGAUGCCCUCGAGUUAGCACGGGUGGUGACCCUUACGUGUAGAAGAGAUAAGAUAUGUAAAGAGUAUAUAUGCAAAAUGAAGGACUUAAACCACCCUCUUCAUCCUCUUCUACCAACACGCCUAGACGAUACCUGUCCCUACACCCUAAGGCACAAAUCAGACCAGCUGUACUUUUACAAAAACGUUACUACCUGUAGAACAAAGCGCAACGAAGACUUUUUCACUUUUAAGUGUUUUUAACAAAUGGGAUACAUGUUCUGGUGUGGUGUAUAUAAUUUGUACUUAGUAUACACAGAAAUGUGCACAGUUGAUUUUAUUAAUUAAGUUUUCAUUGUACUAUAACUCGUUAAUUCAGUAAGUUACUACAAGAGAGUUUAAUAAGCUGUUAUUAUGUAAUGUUGGGUAGAAGCUUGAAAGUUUGGAAGCCUCCGUGUUUUUCUUCGACGCACAAGUCUUCUUUAUUGAUAUUUCAUAAUAAUACAUAUUGCUCAAUUCGCUGCUGAAAUAUUUGUAAUUAUUAUCGCAGGUAUGGUUAUCCGGACUCAGGUUAUCUCCGACGGGUUAAAAAAGACUUGGCAGCCAAGGGAAUUCGCUGAUCCUAAGUGAGCGGCGACUCUCGAAUGUUGAAGAUACAUUUUGGCGCAACAUAAAGACUGUGAUAUCAUCACCUAUCUGAGAAGAAAGGACUCCUCUCAUGUGGCUUUGAUAUCGUAUACAUUUGGUAGUUAGGUUACAAAAAAAAAAAAAGAACAAUAAAAGAACAAAAAACAUUAGAACAGUGACAUCCCUAAUACACAAGUUUCAGGUGGUAUAACAGUUCUACUGAAAAUGUGGCCAUUGUGAGAGUUAAGUAAGAGGCUACAUGAAACAUAUUUUGCUCUUUACGGCUGUUAAAACACUGUUUAAUGAUACGUAACAAGGUUUUUCUGCUUAUUUCUUUGCAGUUAAUUUUUCCCGUAGGUUGUCAUAGAGGAUAGCUUUUUUUUUUUUAUCAGUUAUUGUGGAUUUCAUUUCUCCGUUGAGCCCCAAAUGAAAAUGCUUAAAGAAUCACGCCGUAUAUCCCGACAUUAGAAACAAUCCAAACCAGAUGAGAGCAGUGAGCUUAAUGUUGACCAUCAUGGUUCUUGUUUCGACCCAAAAUUUGACCUACAACGUAUACUUCUGUUGGAGGAAGUCUUCAUGGGAUGGAAACAAUUAUAGAUGACCAGCUUUAGCGAAUAACUACGAUCGAACAAGGCUUUUACCGUAUCACUUAUCACAUUUACAGAAUUAGCAGUUCAGAAUUAACUUUGCUGUUUUUCAAACCAUAACAACUCGCUUAUACAAGGGUACCGUUUGUAAUUUUUUUUGGUUCCUAAUUUUCAUUUAAGUUUUCACUUCUUUGUUUUCUAUUUCGCACAAAGUGUCAGGCACUUAGUGAACUGGAGAAUAAUUUUUACAUUGGUAAAUGAAACUGCCGUAUUUGUAAUAUUUACAUAGAUCCGGUUAUUCAAAGGAUGGAGAGUGAUCUCCAGAGAAUGACUCGUAUUCCGGUGAAUGGAUUCCUCUGUUUUUAGGUCACGUACUUAGCCAGCGCACAUCGCCGAUAACCUUUAAACAACAGAGAUCGUGCAAGUGUCGCUGUAUUUUUGACAUGAAAGUAUAAUAAUAGUCAACUUAACGGGA